AUGUCCGAAGAUGAAUUGGAGAAAUUACCUUAUGAUCCCGGAGAAAGGAAAAGAAUAUCAGAAUAUCCUUUAAAUCAAAGAGAUGAGGUAAUACGCAAAUAUCUUAUUAGAGGUCCUUGUCAACCACGUGGUCAUGAAUUUCCUAAAACAUUGUUUACAAAUAAAUUGAGACGAUUCAAUCCAUCUUGGUUUGAUCUCUAUGGUGAUUGGUUGGAAUAUAGUGUGAAGAAGGACAAAGCAUAUUGUUUGUUCUGCUACUUGUUUAGAGAUUACACUGAAAAUAAAGGUGGAAGUGAUGCAUUUGUGAUUACUGGCUUUGAUGACUGGAACAAGACUGAGAGAUUACAAGAUCAUGUUGGAGCAGUGAACAGUUUUCACAAUAGUGCAUUGAAAAGGGCUGAUUAUUUUAUGAGACCAGGGCAGUCAAUUGUUCAUGCUUUUUAUAAGCAAGAUGAUGCGGCUAAAAAUGAAUACAGGAUCAGAUUGAAUGCUUCAAUUGGUGCUUGUAGGUUUUUGUUACAACAAGGACUACCAUUUCGAGGUCAUGAUGAGUCAGUAGAUUCAGUCAACAAGGGAAACUUUUUGGCGCUUUUGAAAUACACUGCAGAGCAAAAUGAACUUGUGAGUAAAGUUGUUUUAGAGAAUGCUCCAAAAAACAAUCAGAUGGUGUCCCACAAAAUUCAGACAGAUAUAGUUCAUUGUUUUGCAGAAGAAGUUAUUGAAUCUGUCAUUCAAGAAGUUGGUCAUGAUAUAUUUUGCUUGUUGGUGGAUGAGUCUGCAGAUGUUUCUGAUAAAGAACAAAUGGCAGUGGUUUUUCGCUUUGUUGAUAAUCAUGGGAUAGUUAAAGAAAGGUUCAUUGGUCUAGUUCAUGUGAAAGAGACAUCUUCUUUAUCUCUAAAGUGUGCUGUUGAUUUAUUGUUUGCUAAAUAUGGACUGAGUAUGAAAAAGCUAAGAGGACAAGGUUAUGAUGGAGCGAGUAAUAUGAAGGGUGAAUUCAACGGAUUGAGAUCUUUAAUUAUGAGAGAAUGCAGUUCUGCGUAUUAUGUCCACUGUUUUGCUCAUCAACUCCAGUUAGUUGUCGUGGCAGUUGCUCAAAAGCAUUUUGGGGUUGUGGAUUUCUUUGAUAAGCUUGCUAUCUUGUUAAAUGUUGUUGGGGCUUCUUGUAAGAGAAAAGAUAUGGUGCGAGAAGAUCAUCUGAAAAGAAUAGAGGAAAGAACUAAGAAAGGUGAAAUGAAGACAGGAAAGGGAUUAAACCAAGAGGUUUCAUUUCAAAGACCCGGUAAAACUCGUUGGGGUUCUCAUUACAAAACAUUACUGCGGUUGGUUGAUUUGUUUCCUUCUAUCAUUACAGUACUUGAGUAUGUCGAAAAAGAUGGGAGUGAUGCUAUCAAAAGACGACAAGCUAAUGGUCUUCUCAAUUACUUCCACACCUUUGAAUUUGCUCUUCAAAGGAAAGACUUGGAUAUUCUGAAUGCUAUGUCGCUUGUGAAAUCCACCAAGCAACAAUUGAAUAAGCUCAGGGAAAAUGGAUGGGAAUCUCUGAUCAACAAAGUUUUUUCCUUCUGUAAAACUUACAAGACUGAGUUACUGGAGUUUAAUGACCGCUUUGAUGAGGUAAACACUGAAUUACUUGGUUGCAUUGCUUCUUUGAGCCCUAAUGAUUCAUUUCGUGAGUUUGAUCACUUGAAAGUUAUGAGGUUGUCUGAGUUUUAUCCUGAGGAUUUUAGUCAUAUGGAACGGAUGACUCUUGAACAUCAACUUGGUCUCUAUAUUGAUAACAUUCGCGAAGAUGAAAGAUUUGCUAAUUUGAAGAAUCUUGGAGAUCUUGCAUGUAUGAUGGUAGAGACAAAGAAACACCUUUCACAUCCUUUGGUGUAUCGGCUUUUAAAGCUAGUUUUGACUUUGCCUGUCGCCACUGCUACAGUUGAAAGAUGUUUUUCUGCGAUGAAGAUUGUGAAGACUAGCUUGAGGAAUCGGAUAAGUGAUCAGUUUUUAAAUGAUUGUGUUAUUUGUUUUGUUGAGAAAGAACUAUUUGAGAAAGUAACAAACGAUGCUGUGAUAAAAAGAUUCCAGAAAAUGGAAUCGCGUAGGAUUAAUUUGUAA